AAGGAUACACUUGUUUAUUGGUCUUCAUCACGCUGUCUUCCUCAAAGAAAUCGACUGGCCCAAAAUCUCCUGAGCUUGCUGCCUCACCAUUCGUUUGGCAAGUGCUUGAACAAUGUUGGUGGCCCAGACAUAGCCCUUUCUAUCUAUCCUGACUGCAACAAUGAUGCCAGCGUCAAGCCAAGAUGGUGGGAUCAUUUACAUUGUGCCAUGUCUCACUACAAAUUUGUACUAGCUAUCGAGAACACCAUGACAGAGAGUUAUGUGACAGAGAAACUGUUUUACGCUCUAGAUUCUGGUUCAAUUCCCAUCUAUUUCGGAGCCCCAAAUGUUUGGGAUUUUGUCCCACUGCACUCAAUAAUAGAUGGAACUGAAUUCAGAUCCUUAGAAUCAUUAGCUUCUUAUGUCAAGGGCCUAGCUAAUGACCCUGUGGCCUAUGCAAUGUACCAUGCUUGGAGAAGAUGUGGUGUCUUGGGUAAUUAUGGAAGACUCGUGCAGCAAGCCUCGAUACAUUGCCUUGCCAGCUGUGUGAGGCUGUUAGCAGAAAAGUUGGGAGAAUGAUUGUUAAUUUUGCCUAUUUUUAAUUUGUUUGGGUUUGCUUCUGAUGGUACAAUGAUUGUUGGUGGCAGGUGUCU